AUGUGUGCCAUAGAAAAUCAAUACUCAGGUCCGGGUGUUUGGCAGCAGUGCUAUAGCGGUCAACUGCCCAGAGGUAGACCAGUCUUAGGGGGCAAUGAUAUCAAUGGCGAAGCGCUAUUCGUUGGCCGAGCCGUACAGGAAGGGGACACCAUUCCCGGAAAGGUGGUCCCCUCACACGGUGUGUGUUACGUGGCGUACGGGGGCGCCGAACACGGCCACCGAGACUACCAGGUGCUGACCAAUCCCAGUGGUAAAGACAUGGUAUGGGUGCCGGCGGCCAACGGGGAGGUACCGUACGGUGCCAUUGAGGGCGGCGAACAAAGUGAUGGCCAGGUGUUGUACAUCGGCCGGGCCUACCAUUCGGGCUCAAUGGUGUUGGGCAAAGUGCACCCUGGUCAUAAUACACUCUAUGUCUCUUUCGAUGGCCACGAAGUUCCCAUUCGUCACUAUGAGGUCCUACCGUACGGACAGACAGACAGUCGGCAGUUCUGGUUAUCGGUUGGCGAAGAGAUAACAGCGAAACAAACAAACAAAAUGUCACUCCAGUUGUGGACACACCUGAAGACGUUGUACCCGACGUUAAUCAGCCGGCGAUUGGCCACUAAAUCAACCCCCGAUCAGUGGUUACUAGUAUUGCGAUACGGGUCGUGGGGGCGGCCAAUCACCAGCACAACUACCGCCACCGGCCGGCGACUAUCAACACUCAUCGCUGGCCAUCAGUGGCGGGCCAUAGGACCAGCUUUAACUGCGGCCAGUGGUGGCCAAUCACCAGUACAACUACCGGUGCGGCGGUGGCUAAAUACGGGUGAAUUCCGGCGACUGUCCGCCAAGUCUCGCAAUCGGGACGGUAUGCUAUACGCGACCGCAUUUGUGCUGAUUGUAUUGGGCGGCACUUACGCCGCGGUUCCCAUCUAUCGGAUCUACUGUCAGGCGACCGGAAAGGGCGGCAAAGCCUUCAUCGACGAGGAGAAGAACAAGAAGAUCGCCGAAAUGGUGCCCAAACAG